AUGACACUUAUCCAUCUCACUUUCAUUGAUCUGAUAAACACAACCGACGAGGCAACACCGGAUGGUCAGAUGAAGGAUAUGUCACUAGAAGCGGCAGAAAGCUUCGACUUCGGUGAUGCCAAUGAAGACUUUGAUGAAAUCUAUGAUAACGCGGAAGAACACGAUGUAGGAAAUGUACAACAGGAACACGGAUCUGUACUUGUCCAUCUUCUCAGCCAGGUCAGUAUCGGCAUGGACUUGACAAAAGUUACUUUACCUACAUUCAUCCUUGAACGUCGGUCUUUGCUAGAAAUGUAUGCUGAUUUUUUUGCGCACCCUGAUGCCUUCGUAGUCACCGUCGAUCUCGAAACACCG